GGCGAGCAGAGCCCAGCAUGGGAUAGUAUUGGCACUUUAUAUUCUCCUGACGUUGCUGGAAUGUUGUGGCAACAUUGUGACAUUACUGUGGGACUAUUUUUGGGUCAGCUGAUGGGGUGACUGUGGGGGUGUUUUUAGAUUCCUGUUAGGCCAGUGACUCCUAUGCUUCGUACUGUUCACGGCGAGUGCAGCGGCUGGACGGGCAUCAGGCACGGUGUGGGCAUGGUAUGGCCGGCUUGGUUCAUACAUCCUGGUUGUAGCAUCAGGAAACUGGAUUCGGAACGGAGAGCUGUAGGAAACACCCACCCCCACGUACACACUCUGCUAAAACUGUGAAUAUACAAAGGGGCAAUCGGUGCAGAUACAGGCGAAUGGGUGGAAACAAACUGUGGCUACAGGAACUCCGGUACUACAUGGAAUUGUGAUCUGUUUUGCCCGUACGCUCUUUAAGAAUGCGACAGGCCCAUGCAGAACCCUGAGAAUUAAAUCUGUAAAGGCAGCUCACAUGUACCAGACAGCUCUUCUUCAGUUUUGAGGAUAUGAGUACAUCUCUGCCUUGAUAUUGGCCCCACAGCACAAUGGGAUCAUCCCUGCUGGGGAAGGCUGCCUAUCUGGGCCAGCUCUUGGAGGCCUGCAUUCACGCUUUUGAUGACAGCGGUGACCUGCAGGGCUGUCAGCUACCCCGGGUCAUGUUGCUGAUGCACCGUUGGUACGUCACGUCCACCGAGCUGGCCGGGAAACUGCUCGCAAUGUACCGCAACUGCCAAGGAGAUGACAGCCAGAGGACCAGACUGAAGAUCUGCUAUCUAAUGAGGUACUGGACGGUGGAAUUCCCAGCAGAAUUCAACUUGGACCUGGGCCUCAUCCAGCUGACGGAGGAGUUUCGAGAUGUAGCAGCCCAGCUGGGUUAUGAGGAGCACAUCAAGCUCAUCGACAUCUCCACCAUUCCGUCUUAUGACUGGAUGAGAAAACUGACCCAGAGGAAGAAGCAGCCGAAGAAGGGCAAGGCGUCACUUCUGUUUGACCACCUGGAGCCCAUGGAGCUGGCAGAGCACCUGACCUUCCUAGAGUACAAGUCAUUUCGCAGAAUUUCGUUCACAGACUACCAAAGCUACGUGAUACACGGAUGCCUGGUAGACAAUCCCACCUUAGAGCGUUCCAUCGCCCUCUUCAAUGGUGUCUCCCAGUGGGUGCAACUGAUGGUGCUAAGCAAGCUGACUCCACACCAUCGCGCUGAGGUCAUCACCAAGUUCAUCCACGUGGCCCAGAAACUACUCUACCUGCAGAACUUCAACACCUUGAUGGCAGUGGUGGGGGGGCUCAGCCACAGCUCUGUCUCGCGCCUCAAGGAGACGCUCCUACACUUGGCGCCCGAAGUCACAAAGAUCUGGAACGAGAUGACGGAGCUGGUCUCCUCCAAUGGCAACUACAGCGCCUACCGUAAGGCCUUCACCGACUGUGAGGGCUUCAAGAUCCCCAUCCUGGGAGUGCACCUGAAGGACCUGAUUGCCGUCCAUGUGGUCUUCCCUGACUGGGUGGAUGACGGCAAGGUGAACAUUGUGAAGAUGCAGCAGCUCUACUUGACCUUCCAUGAGCUGGUAUCCCUACAGAACAUGGCAUCACAGGUGGAGCCCAACAUGGACCUUAUCUACCUGCUGGCACUCUCUCUAGAUCUGUAUUACACAGAAGAUGAGAUUUAUGAGCUCUCGUUACUGAGGGAACCCCGGAACCCAAAGUCUCUGCCCACCUCUCCCACCACACCCAACAAACCGAUGGCCCCGCUGGACUGGGCUUCCGGGUUGCACACAAAACCCAACCCUUCCGUCGUGAACAAGCACAUCAGGAAAGUGGUGGAUUCUGUAUUCAGGAAUUAUGACCAUGACCAUGACGGCUACAUCUCUCAGGAGGACUUUGAAAGCAUCACUGCAAACUUCCCCUUCUUGGACUCCUUCUGUGUUCUGGACAAGGACCAGGACGGACUUAUCAGCAAGGAUGAAAUGAUGGCUUACUUCCUGAGAGCCAACUCCCAGCUGCAGUCGAAAAUGGGCCCUUUGUUUAUCCACAACUUUCAGGAGAUGACAUACCUGAAGCCUACCUUCUGCGAGCACUGUGCCGGCUUUUUAUGGGGCAUCAUCAAGCAGGGAUAUAAGUGUAAAGAUUGCGGAGUGAACUGUCACAAGCAGUGCCGAGAACUGCUGGUCCUGGCCUGCAGGAAGCUUCCGCGUGCCUCCUCCCUGGUUAGCGUGGCACCCAGCACCGCCGUUCACAGCUCACUGCCCAGCAGCCCCACCCUGCCCGCAUGUGCAGAUGAGGACGAAGUGUUUGAGUUCCCCAAGGUGGCACCAGGAAGCCCUACCCUGGAGGCCCAGUCCAUCACUUUGAUGACUGGCUCUGCCCAGAGGAUUUCGGUACGACUGCAACGGGCUACAACCAGCCAGGCCACACAGACAGAGCCCCUAUGGUCUGAGCAUGGUUGGGCUUCUGUCGAUGGGGGUUCACACACCUUUCCCAAGAUGAGGUACAGACUGCAUAGCAAGAAUUCCAAGGAAAAGGGCUUUGCCCGCUGGGAAAAUGAGGCCCCGAAACGAUCCAGAGACUGCCAGGACUCCCAGGAACAAAUGGAGAAGACUGAGGAGCCAUUGAAGGACAUGAUGUCUCUGAAGGACCAGGGGGUGUGCCCUGAGGACAGCUGACUUGGUGCCCCCGUGGUCCGCCCCCCAAGCCCCCGGCCAAGGAAGCUGCCAUCAUUGGGGGAGGUGCUGGCCUGCCUGUGGCCCCCUGUCCAGUGAGUCGGGAUAGGCCAGAGUCACGUGAGUGGCUAGGGGCCUUAUGGACUGCAUAGACUUUCUUAGAAAAAGAUGCAGGCAGCCAUUAUUUUGGUGUCCAAAUGUAGAUGCUUUAUCUUCCUCAAGAUCCAAUGUUGGUUCCCCAGAGAUAAUGUGGUGUAUGUAUGGUGCUCCCAAGCAUCCACACCAAGGAUCACAUGGACAUGGGUCUGUGUGUAUGUGCAGGUAUGUGUGUGUGUGUGUGUGCGUGUAUGUGUGUUUGUGUGCAUCCAUGCACCGCACUACUGCGAAUUAUCUGUUGCAACCAGCAAUGCAGCAAAGACCCCCAAAAGCCAAAUGGAACUGGUGAAUAUAACUGUUGGAAAGUGUGAAUUUAUAAGAUAUAGUGAAAUGACAGAAAGUCAGAAAGAUGGAGAAUUGUGGGUAAAAGAAUCAAGCAGGCACAAUGAGGCUGAUACGAAAGUGAGAUGGAGGCAGAAAGCAGUAGAUCCUAAAAAAAUCACUGCAUGUAAAAGGUUAUUGUUACAACAAUGUGAGUUAAAUAUGUAUGUUUACAGUAUAUAUGUUCGCUUGUGUUCAUAUAUGUUCCAUAUAUCCAUGUGGAACACAAAAAAGAUGCAAUUCCUCUCCUGUGUAACAUGAAAUUCCAAGCAGUUCCUACUCUGGUUCAUAAUUGUAAAUGUAAUUCCAUCCAUCCAUUUCAUGUAACUGCUUUUCCUAUUCGGGGUCGUGGGGUUCCCAGGUAUAUCCCUGAGGCUUACAGGCACAAGACAGGGAAAAACUCAGGAUCGGAUGCACACUCACACACCAUUCAGCCACACAUGCACCCCUACGGACAAUUUGGAAUCUCCAGUUGACCUUAGCAAGUUUUUGGGAAAUGGGGGGGAAGCAGAGUACCCAGAGGAAACCCCACAAUGACAUGGGGAGAACAUGCAAACUCCACUCACAUGGAGCCAUGGUGGAGACUCGAACCCUGGUUGUAAAUGUAAUUAUAAUUGUAAUUACCUUUAUUUGGAAUAUGGUUUUAAUAAGAUUUAAAAUUGAAAAUGUGAGGGGUGGGGCUGGGUGUAAAUUAGUUAGGAGCAGAUUGGAAGCUCAAUCCUGCUUUUGGCUUUGUUUGGUGUUAACAGUGAAGAGGAUGAAAAGAUGAAGAUAUUUACUGGUGUUUGAGCUGGAAAUUAUAUAGCUAAUAUAUAAGAAUGUGGUGCAAUGUAGGUUUGAAUAGACAAUUCACUGACUAGGUAUAUACAUGGGGGGUGUCACUCACCCAAAGGUGAUCUUACAUCACUUGUAAGGUCAGUCUCGCCACCUAACAGCAACACCUAGCCUUCACGGCAGCCUUGACAAAUGGAGCAACUUCCAGCUGCUCCACAAUCUGAAAAAGAGCACAAAAGCUGGGAGGCCGGGAACUGGAGCUCUUGCUUGAUGGAUAGAACAAUCCAUCCCUCACCAAGGAGACCAAGAUUAAGCAAUGGACUGUGGCAACCUGAGAUGGGGUCACGGGAGGCCGACAAGGAGGAUCUGAGGCAGCACCUUGGGAGCCUGGUAACAAACCUGGAUCGGGGCACAAGCCAAGAAACCGCCCUCCAUCUGAACUCUUUAGGUGAUGCUGGUCAUCUCUGUGACACAUAUGGUCCUGACCUCUGACACAGCGGCAAUGGGGGCUGGGGUUGGGCUGGAGGGCACAGGCAGUGUCACCUGGUGAGUCUUGGAUGUCCAGCCUUCCUUUGUUCCCCCGAGGGGUGUAUCACAGCUACAGGGUGAGACUUUGUCAGUAAUGCAUAUGAUAGGGAAAACACGUGUUAACUUGUCUUGAUAACAUUUGAGGAACUUCCAUUUAUGUUUUUGUUUUUGUAAAAAGCAUGUUUAUUGAUUUUACCAUUCAUGCUAUUAUUAUUAUUAAUUGUUAUUAUUAUUAUUAUAGCUGGUUUACUUGAAAAACAGUGGAAUCUCGGUAUGUAAUCACAUAUUUUGGUCGUGUGAAGUUAUUUCUUAAUAAGCGCCCGUUCUGUUCUGUGUUCUGCGUUUUCUGCUCUCACCUGCCAUAAGCAGACGGUGCUUUCGAUUGGCUGAGUCGCCUUCGUGCUCCCAGCCCGUCCUGGGACUCAGGCCUCUGGGGAGCGAUUGCCUGUGAAGUAUUUCAUUCCCCAACAGACUAGAGUCAGUCAGCACAGAUGGCACACAGAUGCCAUUAUGUCAGUCUGCACUGCAGUUAUGUAGCCAGUCAUGUCCUUGACUUGAUUUGAUCUUAUCACUGAUCCAACUGUAAACCUGAAGCUGUGGGUGGCAAUAAUAUGCAUCACUGCAGCUCCCCUCCUGAGCAAGACUGAACAGCCCUGCUACAAGAGAAAGUACAUCUGACCUAGACAUAUGCACACAGAUAGGCAAGCACACAGGACACCUCCCAGCACUACUGCUCUACUCUCACUCUUGCUUUUCUAUGGCUGGUCCUUUUAUUUAAGAAAGGAAUAUCUAUAUUUUUUUAGAAAAAUGUUGAAAAUACAAAUAGAUCAGAUUUCAUUUGACAUGAAAGGUAUAAGUGUCUUUUUAAGUGUCCCGGUAUUUAUUAAUGACUGAUACUGAAAUACAGGCACUUUUACUCUGUCACACAGAAUGACUUCUGCUUUAGUUGACGGCCACGUUUGUCCCCCGCGGGACACCGUACUGUCUGAAGAGUAAAUUAUUAAGCGCUGGUGCCGGUGUAUUUUGUCUUUAUCGUUGUUUUCCAUACACACUGCCAAAUAAAAAAUCUAUUGCAACCAUUGA